AAUCCAGUAAUGUCUGUUCUGUGUUUGCUGUGUUCUCAGAAUCACUAAAAUGCUGAUAGAUCUGGACGGUCCUGACUGGCGAGAGAAGCUUCCAGAGAUACCAAAGGUUCCGCUUUCUGCCCAGCAGCACCGUAAAGAUGAACCCAGUGCAGAGGUUCUGCAGGCCCGCGCAGAGAGAGCAGAACAGGAGAAGGCCAGAAAAGCAGAGGCUCGAUUCACAUUGAUGAAACAAGAAGGAAAUGAACUAGUGAAGAAUAGCCAGUUUCAAAGUGCUGUGGAUAAAUACAGUGAGUGUCUGGCUAUCAAAUCUGACGAAUGUGCCAUCUACACCAACAGAGCUCUGUGCUAUCUCAAGCUGGAUCGCUUCGCAGAAGCCAAACAGGACUGUGAUUCGGCACUUCAGAUCGAGCCAAAAAAUAAGAAAGCAUUUUACAGACGUGCACUGGCACACAAAGGCUUGAAGGACUACCUGUCAGCCAGCACUGAUUUACAGGAAGUACUGCAGUUGGAUCCAAAAGUGCAGGAGGCCGAGCAGGAGCUGGAGCUGGUGACUAACCUUCUAAGAGAAAGUCUACUGGCUAAUUCCCAAGGCUGACAUCGAGACAAUAAAUAAUGAAGUGAACAGAGAGCUACAGGAAGAACAGAGCCUCCUUCAUUAAAGCCAGACACAGCGGAUCCAGCGAGCCUGAGAGUCCCAGCUCUGAGAUCCCACAGUCCCGCCAAGAGGCUCCAUUCAUCUUUGUGUAGACUGUCAUGCGCCGCAACUAAAGUUUCCCUUCCAACAAACACUCAUCUCACGUUCUUCUAGGAAUAUUGUGUCUGAUGCAAUGCUGACAUGCAGCGCAUGCAAACGGUUCAUAAUCUCUAACUCUGGCUUCAAUAGGCACGUGUGAGCAUGGCACGGCUGGGAAGCGUGUAACAAACGGGAUUAUGGAGUUGUACUAAUAAGAGAAUGUGCCUUUUAGAAGAAGCUGUGGCUCACAUAUGGAGUGAUUUAACACUCUCAGAUGAAAUUGUAAAGGAACGUUUAAUUUGCUACAUUUAAAAUGUCUCAUUUCUCAGGAUUUAAUAUAUUUUUAAUAGCUAUUCCAUUGUUAUGUAAUUUAAGAAUACAUGUAGCUCAUGUGGUGUAUUUUUUUUUUUUUUUUUUUUUUUACAUCUUCCAGCCUUCAGCCCAACUAUUGUCUCAAUAUGCAUAAAUAAAACUAGAUCUCACAAGGUAUGAAUGUACAAAAAUAACAUAAGAUGUAGUUUUUUCUUUGGGAUGUCAGCAACAGAAAUGUUUCAGUUAAACAUAUUUGCAUCAGCUAAAUAAAUGGCUUUAUAAACUUCU